AAUGUAAGCAAAACACAGCACUACAAAGUGGCUUCAUCUGAUCGUAUUCUAAUAUGAAAAGUUAGUUGAAACAAUAAUAGUAAAAAAGGUGAAAAAGACUCUUGAAACAUCACAUACGAAAAUAAAUUCCCGCUCGAGAAUUGAGCCGUCAUGUCCCAAUACUGUGCCAUGCCCGGUUGUCAGUCACAAAUCGGAAAAACAAUCUUCUUCAGUGUUACCUGCACAGCCGUCCUCUCGGAGUGGUGGACCCUGUACAAUGGAGGCAUGACCUGGUACAGUAAACGUGAUAAUGUAGCAUCCCUUCCGUAUAUUUGUAUUGACCACUUUCGACCGGAUCAGUUGGAGAGAGCCUACGGCCAAUUGCCUCGUUUGAGGGAAGAUGCUGUCCCAUCGAUCGCUGUCGCCGUGAAGGAAGAGGAAGAACUAAUAUUACCUUCCGAACACCAGGAAGAAGUUGAGCCUCUGGCGGCGCAUUAUGAUUCCCUGCUUGUUUAUUGUCGUUUUUGUGGGAAGAAACAAAAGCAGCCUAUCACAAAUCACAUCGAGGAUACAGUGGAAUCGGAGGACCUUCUUCAGCUUUGCCUCGGACGCGGGCGCUUCGUGGAGGGAUUUCCCACCGGAGUGUGCGAUCACUGUCUGGUAAUGAUCCGAGUAGCGACGAGCUUCAUCAGUGAUUGCGGGAAGGCUCAAGAGACUCUGCAGCAUAUAUUCUUUGGUACAACCCGUCAGAUGGAGGAUCCACUCGAGAUGGAAGAUGAAGAAAAUUCAGAGGAGGAUGCUUCGUUUACUCUACCGGAUGUUACCCCCAGUAAGCCAGACGACCCUUGUGGGUUCCGCGAACGAGUUGAACAGAAACAUGCGAUAGUGGGAGACGAUAGGAAAAUGUCGUUCACGGUUGCGCACUCGACAAAUGGUGGAAUUCCCGGUGAAGCUUCAAAUAUAAGGUGCAACCUUUGUAAUAAAACCUUUAAACGACGGGUUGCGCUGACAGCUCACAUGGAGUCGAUCCACGAGAAGCGAACGUUCACUUGUCCAACCUGUGGCAAGACAAUGGGCUGGAGAAAAACCCUGCAGCGACAUAUGAAAAGUCACGAGGAAAAUUUCCAAAAGUACAAUUGUGGCGUGUGCGAGAAAACGUUCAGCCGACUGAGUCAUUUGCGACUGCACAUGGUUAAGCAUACCGGGCAGAAGAUUAAUUGCCCGUUGUGUGGCUCCGGCCAACGCUGUAAAUUCAAGCUAGUAGAGCAUAUUAUUAAAAUGCAUCAAUUGGAUAAGGAAUCAGCCAAAAUGUGGGCUGAGCAAGCGGCUCUACCAAAAAUGGCACAAGGAACACCGUAGUAUGAUCGUUUCUACUGUUGAAAAUUGAUCUCUUCCUUGCUACGGCCGGAACUUUUCAUUCCAUGUAACGUAGGCAUUGAGAUGCGUGGUCAUGAAACAAGCAGAAAACUACAAAAGAUAACUCAAUCGAACAAAUUUUGCUUCGACAAGAUGCCGGCAGACUUUAUCGCAGUUAGCCAUUGAAUAACUAACGAGAUUUAUUGGUGUGAAUGAAAAUAAAUACAACAAGUAUUAAUCUGCAGGAAAGAAAAUAGGAAUUACUUUUUUGUCUGAUCGACUGAUUUGUCGGCAAACUCUGAGGAAGUUUUUUUGACCUGCUUGUCAUAACAUGAUACGGUUUAAAACUCGGAAGGAAAGCUCUGUGUUGGAAAUGCCAACAACAUCAAACAACAGCAAAGAUGAAGUUUUCAUAAAACUUACAUUCUGGUAGAUUUUCCCUCCGGACUGGCUUUUUGUAAUGCAAUGGACAGAAAUGCAAAACUUGAAUACUUUAGAAUGAAACAGUUGACGGAAAUCAAAAAACUAUGUGUGGGUUAUAUAUAUGAUAUAACCACAAGGCUGACGUAGCACUACCGUUGGCUUAGUAAUCAUUUGUGUGUAUUGAUUAAAUUAUUGAUUAAACUAGUGAUUGAAUUAAA